AUGUCAUAAGAUGAAUACGAAGAUUAUGAAGAGUAUUAUUGUGAUAGAGAAUAAUAAAUAGAAGAAGAAGAAUAUAUAGAACCAUAAUUAUAAAAAGUAGAAUCAAGUAAAUCACUUUUUAAUAUUCAAAGCUACUUAAACACAAUAAUAUGUUUAGAUUGUAGAUCCAAAUAAAAAAGAGGAUCCUGAAUUCUUAACAUUAUUAUAGGAAAAUAAUAUCCCUUAAUUAGAAGAUAUCCUACUUUCAGAUUUCUCGAUGUUCUUUGAAAGAUAAGCAAAAUUGUUCAAUUAUUGUGCCAACAUAAUUCAAUUUACUUUGAAUUCUUAAAGUAAUAGUUUUUUCAUAUUAUGAAUAGAAAUAGAAAAUGAUUAAGUAGAAUAAUUAAGUAAAAUUCUGAAGUUGUUCUUCCAAAUUUAAGAAAUAGGUUUAUAAUCAUAAUUUUCAUAAUAAUAAUCAACAUAAAAUUUAGGAUAUUCUGCUUAAAAAAUAGGUUAUUCUAUCAAUAGUGACUAAUAAAUUGUAUUAACGUUAUUGAAACUCAUAUUAAAAGAGGAUGAUUAAUUAUAAUCUAUUAGAGUAUAUUUACCUAGAUUUUUAAUAUUUGCCAUAAAUCCUCCAUAACCAUUUACAUGUGCAACAUCCCCUAGAAUAUUUUAGACAAUAAUUGUUAACAGAAUAAAUGAUGAAUUAUUUAAUAAUUCAUUUGAGAAACCAUAAAAAUUAGAUAUUUUGGCAUUAUCAUAUUUCUCAUAAUAGACAUAAAAUAUAUCUAUAUAUAAAGAAAUCAUAACAAUUUUAUCAUCAAUAUUUGAAAGGUAAUAUUAUUUAUUUAUGAUAUUAGUUUACUUGAUUAGAAGUCUUCUUAGAAUUUGAAUUGUUAAUUAAUAAAUCUAUUACAAUUUUUUCUAGCUUUCACUACCAAUUAAACAAUACUUAAUAUAUUUUUUAACAAUAAAUUUCACAGAAUUCUAUAUAAUUCUAUUAGAUUUUCAUAGCCUAUAUUUGGAUCUUUAAAUCCACCUUAAUGGUCAAAAGAGCCUUAAAUAAUUGAUGCUAUGGUAAAUUUAAUUGUUAGGAUUGUGAGUAUAGAUUAAGUUGAUAAGAUUUUUAUUGAUAUUUUAUAGGAUGAUUUCACAUUAUUAUUAGAGAAAUAGAAAUUUGAUUAUAUAUAUAGAGUUAUAUUACCAAUUCUUAAUAGUGAAUAAGUUAGAUUGAUACCUGUUUGUUUUCAUUAAAAAUUAAGUGUUUAAGAGUGUAAGUAAUAAGUUGAAAAGGUUUUAAAUUCACAAAAGAAAAAUAUAUUAUCUUCAUCUUAAUUAGUGACUGAUAUAUUAACUAAGAAAUAAUCUGAAAAGAUUAAUUAACUUGUUUAAGAUCAUUUAAGUACAUAAAAUUAAUAAAAACAAUAAGAAAAUGAAUAAUUAUAAUAGAAAUAAUAAAUAAAUGAGAAUCCAUAUAGAAUUAAAGGAUAAUGGGUUAAUCUACAUUAAUUUAAUUUAUAAAAUCCACAUUUAGAUUCAUAUAUUUUAUUAAAUAUUUUAGAUAAUAGAAAUAAUGUAUUAUUUAUUUUUGAUUUGAUGGCAGGCAAUGAAAAUAUUAGAUUGGCAUGUUUUAUUAACAAUAUUAUUUAAGAUAAGAAAUAACAUACUUAUAUUUAAGCUAAAUCUAAUUAUCAAUCAUUUUAUGUGAUGAUGAUUUAAGAUGAUCAUUUUUGGUAUGUAAAUUCAUUAGAUAAGAAACCUCAUGUGAUAUUAGAUAUUUAAUAGAGUAUGUUAUAAAUUAGUCAUCAUAAUUAACCUAUUGCUUGUAUGGAUUUUAUCAAUUUUUAAUCUUCUAAAUUUGGAUUUCCUUUUGAAAAAAUCUAAUAAAGAAUGUUAUUAAUUGAUUAAAUAACAGCUUCUAUGAUAGAUUAAGAUUGUAGUUUGAUAUAAAUUGAAAUAUGGACAUUUGAUGAAUCUAAAGAUAUGUUAUUAUCAACUGAUAUCUAAGAAUUAAUUGAUCAUAAAAGUUAUACAUAAUAAUUAAACUAUUAUCUUUCAUAAUUUAGAUUUUAACCAAUUCAUUUCAUUUCACAUAAUUUAACUAUUUAAGAAUUAUCAGAAUAAUUAAAAGAAAAAAUUAAUAUAGAAGAAUUUAAAGAGAAUGAAAUUAAUGAUAUUUUAGUUAAUAAGUCAAUUUAAUAAAUUAAUUUAAAAAAUUCAUCAUAAAAACCUCUAUUAAAUUACUUUUAAACAUAUAUUGGUGGAAUUGAGAAAAUAUUAGAAUAAAUUAAUAAACAUUUAUAUACAGUAAAAGCAGAUUAAGUCUAUAAAUAAUUAUUUAUUGAAUUACAUUUCUUAUCUUAAAUUGAUGGAUUUUAUUACUCUAUUAUUUAAACUAAUGGAUUUUUAUAAUUAUUAUUAGCAGUAGCAUUUUUAAAUGAUAAAAAAGAAGGCAAAGAAGCAUAUAAUAAAGUUAUUCAAUUAAUGUAUGAAUCAUUGGCCACAUUAUUAGAUUAAAGUCCAGAUUUGAAAGAGUAAGCAUUAGUUAUAAAUAAAAUAUAAAUAAGGAUUGUAAAUAGAAUUGAUUCUUACUUAAAUUUAUUAAAUAGAAAUAUUUAAUCUCAAUUUUAACCCAAUUUUGAAUCAAACAAAUCAAAUAAUCCAAAAUUAUUAGAUAAUUAAAAAGGUAAACCAAAAGGAAUUGGUUAUGGUGAUAUUGGUUAUAAAACAUAAAUAUUUGAUUUUUAAAAAAUCUAAGAAAAAUAAUAAUAAUAAGAUUAACCUAAAAAAUAAAUUGAAAUUUAAUAAAAUUAAUAAGAAAUUAAUUUAGAAACUUUAAUGAGAUGUCUUAGAAUAUUACUUGAUCAAAAUUAUAAAGAAUAUUAAGUUAUUGAAUGUUUAUAAUAAUCAAACAUUUUAAAUUUUUUAAUUAAAUACUUUUAAAAUAUCAAUAUAACUUAAAUAGAAGGUUCAAAAGCAUUUAAUGAAAUAUUAAAAAUAAUUGAAAAUUUUGCAAAACAUUAAGUUACUUUAGAAUUAUUUUUAAUUAAUGAUAAUUUUAGUUUAUUUAGAUAAUUAGAAACCUUUAAUUAAUGGGCUAUAAUGUUUAUUAAAACAUUCAACUCCAAAAUUGAAGAAGUAAAUAAAUUUAUGGAAGUAUAUAAUUAUGUUGAAUCUUGUUUAUAUGCAUCAAAUAUGAUUAAAAUUAAAUAUUUAAAUUAAGAUUAAUAAAGUGGAUAUUAAUAAUAAAUCAGUAUGCAUUAAUUUUAUAAGCCAUUUAUGAAGAAAUUAGCAGUUGGUAAAUGUGAAAUCAAAAGUGAUCCAGAAUAUUUAAGUGUUAUGAAAGAUUAUUAUUAAAAUAAUAAUAAUCCUAAUUAAGUUAAAAUGUAAAAAUUGAUAUAAGAAAUAUCAAAUAUUGAAGACAAUCUUCCUAUGGAAUCAACAAAUUCCAUAUUUUUAAGAUAUGAUUAAGAUAGAAUGGAUUGUAUGAGAACUAUUAUCUUUGGUUCAAGUGGUACUCCAUAUGCUCAUGGUGCAUUUUUAUAUGAUAUGUAUUUUGGGGAUGAUUAUCCAUAAAGACCUCCAAAAAUGAAACUAUCAACUACUGGACAUGGAAAAGUAAGAUUUAAUCCAAAUCUAUAUAAUUGUGGAAAAGUAUGUUUGAGUCUAUUGGGAACUUGGGGUGAUAGUUGGAUAGUUAAUUUUUCAACUAUUUUAUAAAUUUUAAUAUCAGUAUAAUCAAUGGUUAUGUGGGAGAAUGUAAUGUUUAAUGAACCAGGUUGGGAAUCAUAAAUGGGUACACCAAAUGGAGAAUAGGCUAAUAGAGGUUAUUGUAAUUUUAUAAAAGUUUAAAAUAUCAGAUAUGCAAUGAUUGAAUAAUUACAGAAGCCUCCAAAAGGAUUUGAGGAAAUUAUUCACAAAAGUUUUUAUUUAAGGAAAGAUUUAAUUAAAAAAGAGAUAGAAUCUUGGAUUGAAUAAGCUAAUCUACCUGCUACUUAUGGAUAAACAUAAAAUUAAUGUAAUUAUGGUUCAACACCUGGUUUAUACAAAUAAGAAUUGAUUAAAGUUUAUGAUGAAUUAAAAGUAGAAUUAGAGAAAUUAAAAUUUAAUAUAGGCACAGAUUUUUACACUAUUACAGAUGAAAAGAAAAAGUCAAUAAGUAUAAAUUAAGAAUUUAUUAAUAAAAUUGAAUAGUAAGAUAUAAAUAAUAUGGAAAUGCCUUAAGGAUUAGAUAUGAAUAAUAUUGAUAUUAGUUAUGAAGAUAAUUUAUAGUAAAGAUAAUUUGAUUCAAAUGAUUAAAAUUUAUAAAAUUUAAUGAGUAGAUAUAUUGGAGUAGUUGGAUUGGAUGCAGUCAAGAAAUAAAGUGAAUCAACUAUUUUCAUUCAUAAUCUUAAUGGAUUAGGUAUAGAAAUAGCUAAGAAUAUUGUUUUAUCUGGUGUGAAGAGAUUAAUUAUAUUUGAUCCUACUAUAGUUUAAUUAUCUGAUUUAGGAACUAAUUUUUAUUUAAAUAAUGAAGAUAUAAAUUAUCGUAGAGAUGAAAGAGUAUUAAAUAAAUUAAAAUAUUUAAAUCCUUAUGUUAAAAUUGAUGUACUAUAGAAUAAUAUCUAAGAAUUAAAUUUAAAUGAAAUUUAAGUAUUUAUAACAUAAGAUCCAAAAUUAUCAAUUGAAAUAUCAAAUUAAAAUAAAGUAGCUGUCAUUUUAGCUUAAACUAGAAAUGUAUUUGCUAGGAUAGUAACAGAUUUUGGAAAUGAAUUCAAUAUUAUAGAUAAAGAUGGAGAAUAAUUAUCAGAAGUUAUGAUUGAAAGUAUUUAGAAUAAUUUAGUUAUUUUAUUUAAGAAUUAGAAUCAUAAUUUAAAUGAAAAUGAUAUUAUUUUAAUUUAAGAAGUAAGAUAAAAAGAAGGAUAAAUGGAAUCAUAUAAUUAGAAAUUUUAAAUUAGAAAUGUAAAAAGAAAUUCAUUUGAAUUAAUUACUGAUAAAAUAUUUUGUGAAUAUAUUAGUCAUGGAGUAGUUUAUUAAUAAAAAUAAACAUAUAAAUUAACAUUUUAAAGAAUUCAAAAUAUUUAAAAUUCAUUAUCUAAUUUCUGUGAGAAUAUGGGUAUGUUGGAUAGAAUCGGUGAAAUUAAAAGAGGUUUGAUUCAUUUUUGUUUAAAUAAUACAAAUUAAUUAAAUGAUGAUUGGAAUUUAGAUAAAAUUAAAUUAUUUAUAAAUGAAAUUCAAUAAUAAGAAAUUGAUAAAAAACUCAAUUAAUAUUUUAAUGAAGAUGUAUUUAAUAAUUAUAAAAAUGAAUUAAUGCCACUUAUGAUAUUAUUAUCAAUUAAUACUUAAUUCUAACCAUUAUGUGCAAUUAUAGGAGGUAUGACAGCUUAAGAAGCAAUGAAAGCUAUAAAUAGAAAAUAUACUCCAAUUUAUUAAGUAUAUGUCUAAUCAUUUGAAGAUGUAUUACCUUUUAAAUUAAGAGAAUUAAAUAAUUUAUAUUCAGAAUAUAAAUAAUUUCUAUAAAAAUAUGGAAUUAAUUAAAAUGUAAAUUCUAGAUAUAAAGAUUUAAUUAAUACUAUUGGGUGUUUAUAAAAUAUACAUUAAUCAAAUGUAUUUGUAGUUGGAGCAGGUGCAAUAGGUUGUGAAUUAUUAAAGAAUUAUGCUCUUUUAGGUGUUGGUAAAAAUGGUGCAAUAUAUGUUACUGAUCCAGAUAUUAUAGAAAAUUCAAAUCUUAGUAGAUAAUUCUUAUUUAGAGAAAAACAUAUAAGGAAACCUAAAAGUUUGACUGCUGCUGCAGUAGUAAAAUCUAUGAAUCCUGAUAUUAAUAUUAUAGCUAGAUUAGAUAAGGUAUCUUAAGAGACAUAGGACAUAUAUCAUAAUUAAUUUUAUAAAUAAAUGAAUUGUGUUACUAAUGCUUUAGAUAAUGUUUAAGCUAGAUUAUAUAUAGAUUCAAAAUGUGUUGAAAAUGAUAUUUGUUUAAUUGAGAGUGGAACAUUAGGAACAAAGGGACAUGUAUAAACAAUCAUUCCUAAUUUAACUGAAAGUUAUGCAAGUAAAUAAGAUCCUGAAUAAAAUAAUGAUAUUCCAUAUUGUACUUUGAGAAUGUUUCCAGAAAAUAAUAUCCAUUGUUUAGAAUGGGCAAGAGAUAAAUUUGAAUAAUAUUUCUAUCGUAAACCAUCUGCUUUAGUUUAAUUGAUGUAAGAAGUAUCUCCAUAAUAAUAAACUGUAGAUUUAGCAUUAAGAAUUCUUAAAAAAUAUCCAAAAUCAUUUUAAUAAUGUUUAGAAUUAGGAAGAUAGAAAUUUUAGAAAUUAUUUGUCUUUGAUAUUUAAGCUUUAUUAAAUGCAUAUCCUUUAGAUUCAUUGACAAAGGAAGGUAAAUUGUUUUGGUCACCUCCAAAAAGAGCCCCAUAAGUUAUUGAAUUUAAAGGUGCAUUUGCAUAUAAAUUUGUUGAAUAUUAUGCUAUUUUAACUGCUCAAAUUUAUGGUAUAGAAAUACCAUAAUAAUAUGAUUUAAAUUAAAUAAAUAUAGAAAUAUUAAGUAAAUAAUAAAUUAAAAAGAAUAAGAUUUAAGAUUUAGUAGAGAAAUAAUAAAAUAAUUAAAUUGAAUAAGAAGAAGAAGUUAAGAAUUAUAAUUAAUUAUUAGAAGAAGCAAGGAAUUUAUUAAAUUAAAUUAAACCUAAUAUACCAUAACCUUAAUAAUUUGAGAAAGAUGAUGAUUUGAAUCAUCAUGUAUCAUUUAUUACUUCAGCUACUAAUGGAAGAGCUCUUAAUUAUGGUAUAUAAUAGGUAGAUUGGAUGUGGACCAAAUUAAAAGCAGGCAGAGUAUUAUUAUUCAAUAUAUCAUAGAUUAUACCAGCCAUGGCUACAACAACUUCAUGUAUUGCAGGAUUAUAAACAAUAGAAUUAAUUAAAAUAUUAAAAAAGGGAAAUAAUUAUAGGAAUACUUUCAUGAAUUUAGCUAUUCCAUUUAUUAUGUAAAGUGAACCUGGAGAAGUUGAAAAAGUAUAUAUAUUUAUUUAUAUAUUAGAAAACUUUGGCAAAUGGAAUGGAAAUCAAUAUAUGGUCAAAAUAUUAAUUAAAAAUAUAUAAAUAUUUGGAACCAUUAUCUUAUAUUAUAAGAUAAUUAGAAAAUCUAUUUAAUACAUAAGUUAUUAGCAUUUAAUAAGGAGCAAAAGUAAUAUAUGUAUCUUAGAUGUUACCUAAAGAUGAAGUUGAACUCUACAAAUUGUUAAAUACUCCAAUAUCUUCGUAUGUGUAAUUUGUUAAUCGUGCAUCUUAAAUCAAUGUAUAACUUAAAGGAUCUUCAUGGGUUGUAGUUAUUCUUACGAUGGUUUGAGU